AUGGCAACAAAAGCUAAUAAAUCAAAGUAAAAUAUGGUUCGAAUAACAGAACAGCUUAUUCGUAAACGAUCGGAACAUAACGAACUGAUUAUCGGCACGUUAGAAGAGCUCUCGCUGCACCAGGAAGAUAUCGAGCGUAUCGAGCACAUUGGCCACUGGUGUCGGGAACUGAAAAUUCUGCUCCUGCAAUCAAAUCUCAUCCCCCGGCUGGAGAAUUUAAACAGACUUAAGAAGCUCGAAUAUUUGAAUGUAGCGAUUAACAAUAUCGAACGUAUCGAGAAUCUCGAAUCGCUCGAAGCUCUUCAGAAGCUUGACUUGACGCUCAACUUCAUAGGAGAGUUAACGAGCGUGGAAUCCUUGAAGGGUAACUACAACCUGCGGGAGCUGUUUCUUACAGGUAAUCCCUGCACGGAUUAUCCUGGCUAUCGAGAAUACGUAAUCACCGUCCUGCCGCAGUUGCACCAUCUCGACGGUCAGGAGAUUACGCGAAGCGAUCGGAUUAGGGCGAGUAAAAGCUUCCCUGGACUACGCGAAAAGAUAGUCCAGCUCGAGGUGGUUCACAAGAUCGAGCGAGACGAGCAAAGGGUGCGUGUGCAACAAUCGAUCGAGGAACAGGAAGACAGCAUUCGCAAUCUACCAGACGAUGAUGAACGGAAAGCGAAUGAAUUUUGGCAGCAGAAAACCGAACACUGCCCGGAAACACGUGUACAAAUGGCUAAGUUUUCUCGACGAGGUAAAGAUCGUGCCGCAAAAGUAUCAUGCACCAACAAAACAGACGAACAGGAACGAAAGCGAAGGUUUUUUGCUAGCUGCGGCCGCCCGUACAAUUUAAACGAGCCGAAGCUACGGUUCUCGUUCCGGGAUGAACCAGAUCGAUAUGAGUUGAAUUUGGAGGUGUACAAAUUUCUCGACACCUCUUUGGUUGAAGUGGACGCGCAACCGAACUACGUACGAGUGACGGUGAAAGGUAAGGUUUUUCAGCUCGCCCUCAAGCAAGAAAUUCAGACGGACAAUUCCAGUUGCCAACGCUCUCAGACCACCGGUCACUUGUUGCUGGUGAUGCCAAAAGUUAACCCCGAGCGGUGCCUGAUGCCUUCGAAGUAUAAUAUACCGGUUUCCACGCCAGCAACCCCAUCCGGAGUUCGCACCCAUACACAGACUGGAUCGCAUUUGAAAGGAACAGUCAACAUACAUAACAUUUGCGACGCAUCAUCCGAUGUAAAAUCCACCAGAACAGACGAUGAAGAAAUCCCAGAUUUGAUUUAA